GGCAGAAAUACAAGCGAUUUUAUUCAUAUUGGGCAUGGAUUGAAGGCGUGAAUUUUAAGUAGUUUAAUACAAUCUGCGAAGUCAAACGUCUGCAGGACACCGGAUUGAAGGUCUCUCCAAAAGCAUUUCAGUCUACGCAAUGAAGAGGAUUUGUUUCCUUCAGCUUGGAAUAGACGACCGAAUGAUUACUGUUUUCACCUGGAUGACCGACAGCACAACGUUACAUUGAACGUCCUACUAAGUCCGGGAUGAAUUUAUCCUAUUCCAAAAUGGGGAGUGAGAUUCUGCCCUCACUGGAGCAUUUUAUGCUAACACCCCUUGUCACCUGGGUGAAGACGUUUGGGUGCAUAGGUGAAAAGGAUGGCAGUGUACUUUCAGAGUAUACCGAGUUAGUGGAUGGGUAUUACCUGAACAAGAUAAUGGGGGAAAUAGAGGCCAAGGAGGUGAGCCCGCGGGUGAAGAAAGCCCAGGGCGAGGCCAGCCAGAGGAUCCACAACCUGAUGGCCAUAGUGCAGCACAUGAAGACCUACUACCAGGAGACUCUUCAGCAGCUGGUCAUGAUGCCUCUUCCCAAUGCCCUGGUGUUGGGCAAGAACCCUUUCUGUGAUCAAAGCCUGGAGGAGAUGAAGAAGUUGUUGCUGCUGCUACUGGGAUGCGCAGUGCAGUGUCACAGAAAAGAAGAAUACAUCGAGAAGAUCCAGUCGCUGGACUUUGGCACUAAAGCGGCCAUAGCGUCCCACAUCCAAGAGGUCACCGACAGCCAGGACAGCGUGCUUGACCUGCAUUGGCUGGAGGUCAGUGACCUUUGCCCUGACGACCUGGACGCUCUCUCCAGGAACAUGGCGAUGCACCUCCGCAGGCUGGUGGACCAGCGUGACCAGCAGCUGGAGACCAUCAUGGAGCUGCUGCAGGAGAGGGAGAACGGUCAGCUGACCCCGACGAGGACGCCGUCCCCCGGGGACCCCAUGGGCCUCCACCUGCCCGCCUCGCAGCAGCACCUGGCCGUGGAGCUGGCCGACACCAAGGCCAAGAUACGGCGCCUCCGACAGGAGCUGGAGGAAAAGAGCGAGCAGCUUCUGGACUGCAGGCAGGAGCUGGAGAGUAUGGAGACUGAGUUGAGGAGAGUCCAACAAGAGAACAUGCAGCUGCUGACGGACGCGCGGGCGGCGCGGACGUACCGGGACGAGCUGGACGCGCUGCGGGAGAAGGCGCUCAGAGCCGACAAGCUGGAGAGCGAAGUGGGCCGCUACCGCGAGCGCCUCCACAACCUGGAGUUCUACAAGGCCAAAGUGGAGGAGCUGAAGGAGGACAACCAGGUGCUGCUGGAGACCAAGGCCAUGCUGGAGGAGCAGCUGGAGGGCUCUAGGGCGCGCUCGGACAAACUGCACCAGCUCGAGAAGCACAGCCUGCAGCUGCAGGCCAAGAUCCACGACAUGGAGGAGGAGCGAGCGUCGGACCGGCGGCGCAUCGAGGAGCUGCUGGAGGAGAACGUGUUCCUGGAGGUGGCCCAGAGGAGGAGCAUGGAGGAGUCGCAGCACCUGGGCUGGGAGCUGGAGCAGCUCAGCAAGGCCUCCGACACACCGGAGGGGUCAGUGCUCAAGUCUCUGGACGAGGAGGUCGCUGAGAGGGCCUGCAGCCGUCUGCUGAGGCUGGAGAGAGAGAACCAGAGCCUGCGCAGAACCGUGGAGGAACUCCGAGGAACCAGGGAACCUUCUGAUAAAGAAGGUUCUGGUAUAUCUCAUAAAGUGAGGCUGCUGAUGGAGGAGAACGAGCUGCUGAACCGGAGCAUCUCCUCCCUCAAUCAGAUGGACGACAGCAUCACCGAAGCUCCCUCUGAGGGAGACCUGACCAAGGCCGAGUCUCUGUCGGAGUGUGUGGACAUCAGCGACAGCACCGACAACAGGAGGCAGGAGGAGCGCGAGGAGGCCCAGAAGGAGGCCGAGCUGAGGGAGGUGCAGGAGGAGGAGGAGGAGGUGCAGCGUCGCCUGGAGAAGGAGGAGAAGAGGAGAAACAACCUGCAGGAGAAGGGAGAUCCGUCCAAGCUUGAGGAGGAGGAGGAGGAGGAGAAGGAGGAGGAGGAGGAGGAGAAGGAGGGGAGGGGAUCUCCUCUCUCGGGAGGUGUGAAGAGGAGAAGCAUGGAGGUGUACGCCUCCAGCCCCGACUCGUCCCCGCUCAAGCCCCGCUCCGAGGCCAGCCCGCUGGGCCUGAGCCCGUCCAUCUCCCCGGCGCGCUCCACCAGCUGCUCAGCCAAGCUCAGCCACCACCGGGCCGCCGCUGCCGAGCAGCCCUGCUGCUGCGCCACCGCCGCCCGCGACUCGGCGGAGAACCGGCGGCUGGCCUCGGCGCUGGAGAACUCGGCGCUGGAGAACUCGGCGCUGGAGAACUCGGCGCGGCGGCUGCGGCGGCUGGAGGGCGAGCUGCGCGAGCUGGAGGCGGAGAACCGGACGCUGCAGCGCUCGCUGGAGGAGCUGCGGCUGGCGGGCCGGCGGCUGGAGCGCGCGGAGGCGGACGGCCGCGCCCUGGAGCACGAGGCGGCGCAGCUGGAGCGCGACAAGGCGCGCCUGGAGAAGGAGAACCGGCGGCUGCGGCAGCGGGCCGAGGUGCAGGAGGCGUCGCUGGACGCCGGCGCGCUGCGGCAGGGCGCCCUGGAGAAGGAGAACCGCGCCCUGGGCAAGGAGCUGGAGGCGCUGCGGGAGAACGGCGCCCGCGUCAAGGAGCUGGAGAUGGAGGCGCGCCAGAUGAUGAAGCAGACCGCCAUCGACCAGAGGACGCUCAGCACGCUCAGGGAGGAGCUGGUGAGCGAGAAGCUGAGGCUCCAGCAGAGAGAUAAUGAGGUGAAGAGACUGACUCAGGAGAUGGAGAGACUGGGCUACACACAGCUGCAGGAGGAGCAGCAACCACAGGAGCCGCUGACUGCAGACCUGCACCAUGUACUACAUGAGAAUCGGUCGGAGCAGCUGCAGCAUCUGGAGACGGAGCUGGAGAUGUCGCUGAAGAGGUGCGUGGAGAUCAAGGAGGAGAAGAUGGCCGCCCUGGAGGCCCGGCUGCAGGAGUCCUCCAACCUCAACCAGCAGCUGCGCCAGGAACUGCGCUCUGUGAAGCUGAGCUACGAGGCGCUGCUGCAGAGGCAGGAGGAGGAGGAGCGCGCGGGGCCGGACGCGCUGGGCUCAAGGGAGGGCUCGGUCAGCGAGUGGCAGCGCGAGAGCCAGGAGGCCACGCGCGAGCUCCUCCGGGUCAAGGACCGCCUCAUCGAGGUGGAGAGGAACAAUGCCACGCUGCAGGCGGAGCGUCAGGCGGUGCAGACGCAGCUGCAGCAGCUGCAGGCGCAGACGGACAGCCUCCGUGCCCAGGUGCUGGCCCUGCAGCGCCAGACCGCCUCCCUGCAGGAGAGCAACACCACCCUGCAGACGCAGAACGCCCAGCUACAGGUGGAGAAGUCGACCCUGAACUCCCAGAGCGCCGCCCUGCUGGGGGAGAACGCGCAGCUGCAGCGUCAGCAGUGCGGCGCGGAGAGCGAGCGGGACGGGGCGGUGCGCGACCGCGAGGACCUGCGCACCGUCAACGAGCUGCUGCUGCGCGACCACGAGCGCCUGGCCGCGCUGCACGAGCGCCAGGCCGCCGAGUUCGAGGCGCUGAUCGGCCGACACGGCGGGCUCAAGAGCCAGCACCGGGGACUGGAGCUGGAGCACCACGCCCUCGAGGACAGGUACAACCUGCUGCUGCAGCAGAAGACCCAUCUGGAGGUGCUGGAGAAGGCUCUGCGGGAGGAGCAGAAGCAGCUGCAGCAGGAGAGAGAGACGCUCAGGAGCACCACCUCCGAGUGCCAGAGACUCAGGGACGAGAAGGACUGGCUGAACCAGACGUACCAGAGGGUGCUGAGGGAGAACGAGGACCUGCAGGCGGAGCACAAGAGCCUGAAGAGCCAGCUGAACGCCUCGCGCCUGGAGCACACGCGCCUGGAGGCCGAGCUGGCCAAGCUCCGCGAGCAGCACCAGCAGCUGGACAUCGCCUCCACCAAGCUCACCAACCAGUGCGAGCUGCUGACGCAACUGAAGAAGAACCUGGAGGAGGAGAACCGGCAUCUGCUUGACCAGAUCCAGACCCUGAUGCUCCAGAACCGGACUCUGCUGGAGCAGACCAUGGAGAGCAAGGACCUGUUCCACGUGGAGCAGAGACAGUACAUAGACAAGCUGAAUGAGCUGCGGAGGCAGAAAGAGAAACUGGAGGAGAAGAUCAUGGACCAGUACAAGUUCUACGACCCCUCUCCUCCAAGAAGGCGGGGCAACUGGAUCGCCCUGAAAAUGAGGAAGCUGAUCAAGUCUCGGAGCCGCGAGCGAGAUCGGGACCACGAGCACGAGCACGAGCACAAGCACGAGCGGGGGCGAGAUUGCCACCGCGUCCGCUCGCUGACGCCCACGCGCUCCGAGUCGUGCGAGGGCCUCCCGUGCCACGACAACGGCUCGUUCGUGAGCUCGCAGGGCUCGGCGGAGUCGGGCGCCAACUCGCUGGACGACAGCCUGUCGCCCAAGCGCAGCAGCAGUGAGUAUGACCUCAGCUAUCCGCCCGACCCUCCGAUUGGUCAGAGACAAACAAGCUAUCCAAUCUGCCGCAGGCCCUCCUCCAGAACUCCACCAGUAGGCCAGAGAGGUGUGGGCGGGACAAGCCGCAACAGGCCCCUCCCACCUCUUCCCCCGAGAACAGGUCAGACAGACAGGAGACCAGCCAAUCACGCAGGGCUGUUCGACAUACACGGGCCAAUGGGAGAAGGAGACAGGAGUCCUUUGGUUAACCCUUUGCAGGCCAUGAUGGACAGAAUUCUGUCAAGUCGAUGAA